CUGUAAUAAAUCUAUAUACAAUGGUUGCUGGUCCUGCUGCUCAAGCUGCUAAGAGAUCCUUCUGGAGUAUUUGGUACAAGCCCGAAGUUGCUCCUAUUUUCGUUGUCGUUGGCGGCGCUUGUGGUUUAGCUGGCUGGUAUCUUACCCGUCUUGCUCGUGGACCUGAAGUUGUCUGGGACCGUCAUAGAAACCCUUAUCCUUGGCAAAACAUUGACCAGGAUACCCAGGUUAAGUUUAUGACUGUGAAUCAAAAAUUCGACAAAGUAUAUAGUCGUGAUCGUCUCUAGAAAGAUCGUAAAGACAAAAUGAUGAUUAGAUAAGUUUUUUGCAUAGAAUUCUAUACAUUAGAAGAAAACAGAACCUCCAGAAAUCUUCGCCUAUAUUUAUUGACAACCACAUACAACCUAGCUCGACCAUGAAUAAAAUACUUUUUUUUUUUUUUUUCUUUUUCGGUGAAAGAAAUACCCUCUUAAG